GCCCAUUUCAAGGCUGGACACUCCACCGUGGAGACCACACCCAAACACUUCAGCACUAUGGACUAUUAAAUGACAGAGCAGCCAUGGGGCAGGCUCAGCAGACAGAGAACAGUGAGGAGAUUGAUGUCAAAGUGCUGCAGGAUAUGUACAGGAAGUUUGUCUUAGAGUGCCCAAGUGGAGUACUUUAUCUGCACGAGUUCAAGCGUUUCUUUGGUGUGGAUCCGACUGGAGAAGCGUCUGAGUAUGCGGAGAACAUGUUUCGAGCGUUUGACAAAAAUGGGGACAACACAAUAGAUUUCCUCGAGUUUGUGGCUGCACUCAACCUUGUUUUCCGAGGAGACCUGGAGCACAAACUGCGCUGGUCGUUCAAGGUGUACGACAAGGACAGCAACGGCUACAUAGACCGGGAUGAACUACGAUCCAUAAUAGAUAGCAUCUAUCAGGUCAAGAGAGGCUCCAAGACCAACACAGAAGACUCGAAGCUUACAGUCGACGAGGUUGUGAAUCGAAUAUUAGCGGCUGUAGAUAGUGAUGGAGAUGGUGAGCAUUUAGUCACAUUUAGUGACAUUUGCACCACAGUUAAAGACAGACGACAAACCGAAUCUGAGAAAAUAUCAGUCCUUUUUUCUGUUGCCUUUUUCUUGUUCCACAGGUACUAUCACCAUGGACGAGUUCAUUAAAGGUGCACAGGAGGACCCCUGGGUGCUCAGUAUGUUGAAGCUGGACAUGAAUCCGGCCCAGUGGGUCAUGGAGCAUAGGAGAAAGAGUGCACAUUUCUGAAGCAUCAAAACACCUCAAGCCUUUCCCAUGUGGACAAAAAGUGGAACAAUCACGGCUUCAAUCCAAACAUUUAAUUACAUCUGAAAAGUAUGUCACACGCACAAGUUAACACUCAUCUGAAAAUCUAGGUUCUUCUUGUCAGCAUUUGCAGUUUCAUAUUUACAGACUGGUCAUUGUAUUGUUCAUGUUGCCAUCAUUUAUCUUUUAGCAAAGGAACACUUAUGGAUGAGUAUGAGCUAUCUUACUGAAAAGGGUACAUUCACUACUUAUUCCUUUGGGUACCGUAUUCUGUGACAGCUAUACUAAUGGUCAAGCUUAAUUAUGUUAUCUUUAUUCAAGAAAAACAUUGCUGUAAUUUUAAACAAGAGGAUAUACAGUACAUGGCAUGCUAACUCUAAGUGAGCCUUCCUGUUGUAAAGUGUCAAUGUGUAAAUAAUCAAUUAUUUUGCUUUUUUAUUGUCUUCUUGUUGUUCUUGUUUUUUUUACUAUUUUUAGUUUUGCUUGUUGUUAAGCGAAUAAUGACAUUAUUGAGACAUAAUAUAUCAUCACUAUGGAUACUGAAUUACAGUACUGUAAGUAACAUUGUUGUACUUUACUUUUAAAGGCAUAUUUCAUGACAUAUAAAUUCAAGUUCAAUAAAGAACACGUUCUCAUGUCCUGCUUCCAGCUGUA